CCCAAGAUGGCUUCCCUGACUGCCAGUCCCGUGUGAGGCCUGGCUGAGGCUGUGUCCUUUGUCUUGUCUUUGAAAUUCACACGUGGUCCCCGUUUUCCUGGCUGGCUUGGUGCCCUGUUGAGGUGGACAGGCGCUAGAGUAAUGGCAGGGAGUCUCCCUUGGGUGGCAGGUAGGAGCCUGUGGGGCUGGAUGCCCUUGGCGUGCAGAAACUUCUCUCAGGGGGUUCCACUCUUGGCCGGUGCAAGGCUUACUCCUCCAUCCCCCAGAGUGGUUGAUCGCUGGAACGAGAAGAGGGCUCUGUUCGGUGUCUAUGACAACAUCGGAAUCCUGGGGAACUUCGAAAAGCACCCGAAAGAACUGAUCAAGGGCCCGGUCUGGCUCCGAGGCUGGAGGGGAAAUGAAUUGCAGCGGUGCAUCCGAAAGAAGAAAAUGGUGGGAAGCAGGAUGUUCCUCGAUGACCUGCACAACCUUAACAAACGGAUCAGCUACCUCUACAAACACUUUAACCGGCAUGGGAAGUACCGCUAGAACAGAACUGGGGACUCCGGGAGAGGCACACUUGUCACCCUGGAGGAGCAGAACAGGACCCACCCUGGGAGGAAGGAGCUCAGUGUGCUCUCUGUAAUAAAAUGGGCCUUCUUUGGAAUGUGAUAUGCACACUAUCUGUUCCUCACACUGCUUCUUCUACUCAUUCAUGCAGACUGAGUCUGUCUCAUCCUAAGUCCUAGGGUCUUCUGUUAAGACCUUAGUUACUACAGCCCAGUCAUACUUUUGGUCUUUAGAAGUACAACAAUUAGAAUCAUUGAUUGUUGACACUUUUUGACAUUGGCCCUUCAUGUAUUUUUUGUUGUUGUUGUUUUUAAUGUAAUCUUUUUGUUUGUUUGUUUGUUUUCAAGACAGGGUUUCUCUGUGUAGCUUUGCACCUUUCCUGGAACUCACUUUGUAGACCAGGCUGGCCUCGAACUCACAGAGAUCCACCUGGCUCUGCCUCCCGAGUGCUAGGAUUAAAGGCAUGUGCCACCACUGCCCGGCUUUUAAAGUAAUCUUAGAGGUGAAACUCAGGGGCUUUCUCCUUCUAGGGAAAUGCUCUGCCACUGAGCUACCCAGCCCCUUGGAAGUGUAAUGAUGCUGUUGUUUCUAAAGACUCUGCCACACCAAAUGAAAAGGGAAAGUGGAAUCACACUUUUGUACUGCUCUCAUCAAAUUAGGCUAACUUCUCUGAGUAGAGAAGUGUCUCAGAGGAUGACCUUGAACCACAUCCAGUUUUAUGUAGUGUUAAAGAUCACACCCAGGAUUUCCUCUGUGCUAGGCAAGCACUCUACAAACCAAGUACCUCUUCCUUUUAAAAAAGAAGUUCUUUUGGGGGGACAGGGUUCCACUAAUUCUGACCUGGAACUCACUAUAUAGACCAGGCUGGUCUCUGACUCAGAGAUCCGCCUGCUUCUGCCUCUGUCCUCUGAGUGCUGAGACAGAUGUGUGUGUGCCACCACACCUGGCCUUUCCCACCUUUUCAGUAGAUAGCAAGUGCAUGUGAGAGUACAUGGGAUAUGAAGCUGAAUUAGUCAUCAGAAGCCUCAUCCCAAACUAUAAAAACUGGUCAGUAGAGAUGAAAUGAAUCUUGGACUUCCGUAUGUGGUUUUAUUUUUAAUUUGUUUUCUGGAUAUAAGGUCUCAUAUUGCUUAGGUUGGCCUGGAACUUAACUAUGUACUGAGGCUAUGCUUGAGCUCCUGAUCCUCCUGUCUCUACCUCCCAAUGCUGGGGUUACAAGUGUGUGCUACCGUGCUUGUUUGUUUUUUGUUUUUUGUUUUUUUCUGUUUGUUUUAAAAAAAGAAAUUGGCAUUUAAUAAGGUUCUAUAUAUAUUGGUUUUUCGAGACACAUAUAGCUUUUGGAGCCUGUCCUGGAUCUCACUCGGUAGACAGACUGGCCUCUGUACUCACAGAGAUUCACCGGCCUCUGCCUCCCGAAUGCUGGGAUUGAAGGCGUGCACGACCACUGCCAGCCAAGAUAUUUUUAAUAUAGGCAUAAGCACCAGGAUUAGGAGAGAGGUGCUCAGAUGAAGUUAACACUUGAAAGCAUGAGUGGGUCUCUUUAAGAGACUUGUGUGUGAGACAGUGCUGGGGCCUUGAAUAGACUAGGUGUUUGUUCUACAGGGACCUAUAACCUCUGCCUGGAUUUUGGUUGUUUGUAUAUAUUGCAAAAAAAAAUUCACUAUGACAUUUUUUCUUUUUUAUUUAUUUGUUUGUUUGUUUAUUGGGGGGCAGGGUCUACAUUCUCCUGGCAGUCCUGGAACUCACUAUGUAGGCCAGGCUAGCCUUAAACUCACAGAGAUCCACUUGCCUCUGCCUCCUGAGUGCUGGGAUUUAAGGCUUGUGGCACCAUGCCCAGCUUCAUUAUGACAUUUUUCAUACUUUUUUAAAAAAUAAAAAUGAGAAGUCUGGAAGUUACAGAAAGGUAAUCCAGGGAAUUUUUCUUGCAUCCAUUUCUUUCAUGCAAGUUUUUUUGUUGUUGUUUUGUUUUUUGGGCUAGAGUCUGGGAGCCAGUGAGAUGGCUCAGCAGUUAAGAGUCAUCUUCCAGAAGCUGAUCUUCCCAGAGGACCCACAGCUGUCUAGCUAAGGUUCCUGGGCUCUCCAUGGAGACCAGACAUGCACGUGGUGCACAGGCAUACAUGUAAGCAAAACGUGAAUUAGUAAAAAAUAAUGUGUGUGUGUGUGUAUACAAAGACCACAGUCUCUCACUCUAAUUCAGGCUCAGGCUGCCUAGAACUCUUUUUUUUGGGGGGGGGGUGGUUUGGAGAUAGGGUUUCUCUGUAGCCCUGGCUGUCCUGUCCAGGAACUAUUGCUGUAGACCAGGUGGGUCUGGAACUCACAGAGAUCUGCUUGCCUCUGCCUCCAAAGUUCUGGGAUAAAGGGGUUCACCACCCACCCGGCUUAGGGUGGUUGGUUAUCUUAUUUAAAUUGUUAAGUCUUGUCUCAAUGAUCUUUUAUUACACAGCAGCCCAUUCUGAACAUGGUGACUGAAAAAAAUUAAUUCAUUUUCUCUGGGUUUUCUUGUUCAGCUAGUUAAUUGGAAUUUGUUGUCAUGAGGCCAUAUUCAGCAGUGGGCUUCCCUGGGGCUAGCAUGUCUAAGAUAGCUUCUCUCACAUUUGCUGAGUCAGUUAGUAUCCGAGGUUUUUUUUGAGAACCAAAUCGGGGCCACUGCAAGAACAGCAAGUUCUCUUAGCAUCUGAGCCAUCUCUCCAGCCCCAGCUGAGGUUCUGUUUGCACAGGUUUUAUUUUUCAGUCUCUCUUGGGCUUGUUUAAAGACUUGAGGUGAAGAUGGAAGUGACGAGGCUUGAUAAAAUGAGACUAAGAAGGGGUGGUGUCAACAGCCAUGGUGGUACACACCUUUGAUCCCUGUACUCGGCAGGCACAGGCAGGCAGAUCUGUCAAUCUGAGGCCAGCCUGGUCUACAUGUCAAAUUCUGGUCCAGUCAGGGAUACACAGUGAAACCCAUCUUAAAAAAAAAAAAAAAAAAAAAAAAAACCGGGCGGUGGUGGCGCACGCCUUUAAUCCCAGCACUCGGGAGGCAGAACCAGGCGGAUCUCUGUGAGUUCGAGGCCAGCCUGGGCUACCAAGUGAGUUCCAGGAGAGGCGCAAAGCUACACAGAGAAACCCUGUCUCGAAAAACCAAAAAAAAAAAAAAAAAAAAAAAAAAGGAAGAAGAAAAUGUUUUAAUAAAAUCUAUGCUUCUUAGUGAAGAGGGAGUUAACAAUUCAACUCCACAAGCCUGUGUAAAAUUCUUCCUGCUGUAAGAUACAAAAGGUCUCAUUUUCAAGCACAGAGCUGUAUUGUUUUUGGUAUGGAACAGUGUGCAAUAUUUUCCUUCAAUAAACACUGAAUCAUUGUGUGUAAGGAUCGUAGAGGAAAAUAAACCACAAAGGCAAAACAA